CCAUGGCGGCUCGUUGGUGGCGGUGGGUCCCGGGUCUGCACCUUGCGGUGCGGCCUUUUCCCGCACGCCAGCUCCUGCACGAUGCGGCCCCGUCACGGGACGUGCUGCUCUUUGAGCAUGAACGAGGCCGCUUCUUCGCCGUCCUCGGGCUGUUCUGCGCAGGCCAGGGCGUCUUCUGGUCCUCCCUGGCCGUGGCAGCUUUGUCCCGAGCGCCGGCGCAGUCUCAGGACUUGGAGGCCUCAGACCGUGGCCGUUUCGACCUGCGCUCCGUGCUCUGGCGCUACGUGUUGGCCGUGGGCUGCGGCACCAUCGGAACCCUGAUACUUGGUGCUGGUCUUCUCUUCUCCCUCCGAUCUGUGCGUUCAGUGAUGCUUCGGGCUGGAGGGCAGCAUGUGACCCUCACUACUCAUGCCCCCUUUGGCUUGGGGGCCCAUUUUACCGUUCCCUUGAACCAAGUAUCCUGCAUGGCCCACCGGGGUGAAGUCCCUGCCAUGUUGCCUCUGAAAGUCAAAGGCCGGCGCUUCUACUUCCUCUUGGACAAAGCUGGACACUUCCCCAACACUCAACUCUUUGACAACACUGUGGGUGCCUACCGGAACUUGUGAAGAAACAACUUUGGGUCACUCACUCCUCCCAAAAGGAGAUAAACACUGAGCCUUAGGGAUGGGGUGACAACCCAGGGUCACACAAGGUGGCCCAAGAUUGAUUAACAGCAAAUAAAGGCGCAAUCAUCCCAUGGCUAGCUGCCUGACAGUACCUUUAAGUUUUGACCUAUGUCUGUUCACUCCUCCCUCCCAUCUACUUGAUUUAACAUCAAGAACACAGUACCAAGAAGAAGAAAGUAAUACAGUAUUUUGGUACAAAAAGAGCUGUAGGAAGAGAGGUGAGGGGCGCCUAUCAUCAUUUCCCUCGUGGAGGGAAAACAGGCUCCCGGCAUAAACAGGGCCGUACGGAAGCAAGAGGAUUGCAGGCACUUGGGCACAGAGUCUUUGGCUGCAGGAAGCACUCUAGUUACUCUUCAGGAAUGGGAAUGGCGUGGCCCAACAAGAGCAUCUGUCUCAGAACUCCAUUCAGGGUCACCCCGCUCCAGAAGCCGGUAUGGGGUGGCUUUGGACUUCCACUGCACAACCUGGAGCACCAAGAUGACACACCACAGUACCAGAUUCACCCAAGAAGAGGUCUGUGGGAGACAGUAACAGGAGUGUGAGGAGUGGGGCCAUCUCAGAUCCAGUCCUUCCCGCCCACAAACCAUUCUUAUCUGUUCAUUGUAAUCUAGGGCCUCACUUCAGCAUUGUGUAGGUUGGAGUAAAACAGCAGAGCAGUUCCAGGGGGCGUCCAUGAAAUUCUCUGGGCUUCAGAGCAGCUGUGAGGUAAAGGUCAGUUGUGAGAAAGAGAUACACCCUGAGCACACCUGUACCCAGGUGCUCUCAGAUGAGAGCAAAUGGCGGGGGUAAAAAGGGAAGUUAUAAGACCCCUCUGCAAAAGGAAGGUACUCGACCCCCAGCCAGGUUUCCCCCUCUCCCAUUACCUAAUUGUAGUGUUCAAGGAGACAAUGGAGUUGCAGAGAGAACUGGUGCCAAAUCGAAGGAUACAGGCAGCCACUAAGACCAGGAAAAUGGCUAUAGCCGAGAUGGCCAGUGCAAUGCGGAGCCCUGUAAGACCUCUUAAGGGGGAGAGAACAAGCCUUGUGGUUGAGAUGGAAUUCAUCCCACCUUGGCCCCUGGCCCUCAAAGUUGGGCAGUCACCUGUGAGAGUCCUCGAUGCAGCUGCUGUAGACCCAGAAGAGCAGAAGCAGGAGGCAGUAGAGGGCCAGGAGGCCAGAAGCCCCAGCCACAAAGUAGCAGAGGGAUGGGGCCGAGGGACGAGUUAAGGCCAGGGAGGAGCCAUUCAGGGUGGCUACACCAUACAAGGGACAGCUGCCACUGAAGGAGCCCUGUGGAGAGAAACUGCUGAGUCCUAGAUUUCAGGUGCCUCUGGAUGCAGUCUCAUGGCAGGUGUUGUUGAUAACCUAGGCUGAAGCCACUCCAGGAAGGUAAUUUGUGCAUUAUCAGUUUCUACUGGGACAGGGAGAUUAACGUAAAGGGCACGCUGGGGAAUCAAACCUGCAGUGGCCAGAAGGAUUAAGCAGUAGGCAGUGGUUAUAGAAUACAAUGAGUUUCAGAGAAGCCUCACAGUGCUGGUCUCCCCUCUGUGCAGAAAUCCUGGACCUUGGGUAACCUUCAACAAGUAACCAUUUCCGUUGUCUUACACUAGUGCCUACUUUACAGGGAUUAGGUGAAGCCAUGUUUAUUAAUAAAAUUGCCU